CUUCCUGAAAACUUGCUGAGCAAGUAUGACUGGAUCAAGCAGUGGCAGCUCAAAGAGAAACCAGACAGGAAGAUGGGAGAAAUAAGUGAUGAAAUUAAAGAAUAUUUAAUGCUUCUAAGGAAAAAGUGGAAGAAUAUAAGUGAAAUCAAGGAUCCUAUUGAGAAACAAGAAGCUUGUGAUAAAUUGUUUAAAAAUGAACAGGAGGAGUAUAGUCUCUAUGAAGCGCUGAAAUUUUUGAUGCUUAACACUGCCAUCAAAUUAUACAACGACGAUAAAAAUGGAAGGAGAGUUCCUGUCUUCUCAUGGUUGCUGUUUGCACGGGAUACAUCCAGCAACCCUUGCCAGCUAAUGCAUAACCACUUGAAUCAUAUUGGUCACAGUGGAGGCCUUGAACAAGUGGAAAUGUUUCUCCUUGCUUAUGCUCUGCAGUAUACUAUACAGGUGUAUCGCCUGUAUAAAUACAGUACUGAUGAAUUCAUCACACUUUAUCCCAAUGACCCAGAGGAGGACUGGCCUGUGGUGACUCUCAUAACUGAAGAUGACAGACAUUAUAAUAUUCCAGUCAGAAUAUGCCAAGAGACUAUGCUGUAAAGAAGUGAUUUUUUUGGAGACAAACUUGUGCUGCUCAGUGAGGUUUCCAGUGCUGUUUGGAAAGAGGAUGAUGAGGAAAUCUGUUAAAUCUACAACUUGAAAUC